AUGCCUUCAGUUACCCUCGCAAACUCUGAAGAUAAAAAAACCAUUAAAGGAGUUAUUCCAACUGACAAAAAUAAAAUUUUAGCUGCCACAGUUGCAAGACUUUAUUUUGCACAUCCUGAUCCUAACAGAUGGACUUAUAGCAAUAUUAUGGGCGCUGUUGCCUUUGUUUUUGACGAAAAUAAGAAAUCUUUUUAUUUCAGGAUUGUUGAUUUAACGAAUAAUCGUGGUGUGGUAUGGGAACAUGAAUUAUAUUCUGAUUUUCAAUAUAAUCAAGAUUGUCCUUAUUUCCAUACAAAAAACAUGUACAAAAAAGUUAUUAACAAAGAAAAUAAUCCCAAAGUUAAAAAAUACAAAAAUUCUAAUAAAAGCGGUGGAGGCGGCGGAGGAUUGUUGGGAAAGAGUAAAAAUAAAAAAGUUGUAAUUGAUAAAUCCAUAAUUGGUAGUCCAACAGGAUUUAGACAUGUUGGUCAUAUUGGUUAUAACAUUGAUGACGGAUAUGUUGCACAAAAUAUUGAUCCUACGUGGAAAAGCUUGAUUGAUACAUUAGUAGAUAAAUUAGAUAUAAGUCAGGAGGAAAUUGUAGUGCAUAAAGAUUUUAUUCAACAAUUUAUUGAAGAAAAUGGCGGUGUUGAAAAUAUUACCAAAUCCAAUAAUACAAAAAAUAAAAAAGUGCCACCACCAACUCCAAAUAGGCAAUCAAAAAAAACACCACCCCCACCACCGCCGCGUAAAUCUACAUACAUCAACAAUGAGACUAGUCAUAAUAAUCAUCAAUCAAAACCAUCGUUUCCAGCGCCAAUUCUUCCACCACCUAUUGCUCCUCAAAUAACAUCAUCAGUUCAACCACCACGCAAAUCUACACAUAACAACAACGAGAUUAGUCGUAACAAUCAUCAAUCAAAACCAUCGUUUCCAGCACCAGUUCUUCCACCACAUAUUGUUCCUCAAAUAACAUCAUCUGCUCAAUUACCACGACAAGUAUAA